AUGCAAGCCUGCCCCAAAGUAACCCCUGCGGCACCUCCAGCAGCAACACCUGCGGCAGUGCCAUUGGCCCCUAAAUUCACCCCGGCGCGAGUCACCCCAUUGGGCCAAGUCCGGCCCCCACGUGUGAUACCCGAGAGUCUACCACCUAGUCCCAACGACUCACCUGCAGCUCAACCAGCCCAACCUCUUACUGAGUCGGUCACUUAUUGGGGUGAACCUUACUCAGGCCCCAUGGUUCCAAUCUCUCAACCUCAUAACGGCGUAGUGGGCAUUCUAAUUGCUUCUCCCCCUCCUGUUGGCGCGCAGGACCAACUACCACCCAAUAACGCUGCGCCUCAUGGUUCCCCCCUGGCCUCUAAGGUCCCGUCCUCCGGCUUCAACUUUAUGUCCCCGGAAGACGAUCUGCCCAGCCUCCCAAACAAUCCGCGGGAACUAAUCCCAAGCAUGUGGCCCCCAGUUUGA